CGUUUCUGGUCUGUCAGCAUUGCGCUUUGACAGCGUAUACAAUGAAGAAUGCGACCGAUCGCUCGGUUUCACCUCAACUCUUCAGGUGAUGUCACAGACCGGGACCCGAGUAACAGGAUCGGGGACAUUUCUCUCCCCUACUUAAACUACCUGACACUUGACAUGGAGCGCGCGGCGGUGGAUGCAUUUUUAACAGGGAUCCCCAUAUUCCCAUCAUUAGAUAAAAUGGCAAGCGUGUUUUCUUAUGAGAGCUCUGAGGUGGACUGGUGUGAAGAUAACUAUAAACACUCAGAGAUUGUUGUGGAGUAUUUCAACACGAUGAGCAGUUUUAUUUUUUUUGUGAUAUCCCCCAUAAUGUUGUAUCUGCUGCACCCUUAUGCCAAAGAGAGGAACCUAGCAGUACAUCUGGUCUGGAUCAUGAUGAUAUUUGUAGGUAUCUUCUCCAUGUAUUUUCACAUGACUCUGAGUUUCAUGGGCCAGAUGCUUGAUGAGCUGUCAAUUGUCUGGGUUUUGGCUAUCGGCUACUCCCUGUGGUUCCCACGCAGACACUUCCCUUAUUUUGUUAAGGACAGGAGAUGCUUCACUAAGAUGGUUUCGGUCCUCACGGUUGUAACAUCUCUGUCCUCUUUUGUCAAACCAACAGCCAAUGCCUAUGCUCUCAACUUUUUCGGAGUACAUAUUCUCUACUCACUGCUGAUAGAGUUAAAGAGUUGCACAGAUCAAAGAGUGUUGCGAUUGUCCUGGGCAACUAUUGGCCUGUGGGUGCUGGCCAUUUCCUGCUGGAUUAGCGAUCGCUUUGGCUGUAGCUUCUGGCAGAAACUGGACUUCUGUUAUCUGCAUGGGAUCUGGCACAUUUUGAUUGUGUUAGCCACUGCUUAUGCUAGCACUUUAAUCGCUUACUUGGAUGCUACCCUGGAGAUCCCCUACUCGCUACCCCACGUGCAGUAUUGGCCACGGGAUAACUGGCCCAUCGGGCUGCCUUACGUUGUCCUCAAAGGCACCACAAAGCUCAAAAAAAGAUGUUAGCAGACAGUACAAAAUGGAAAGAUGCAUCAUAUUUAUGAAGCUGAUUGGUGUUAUGCUGAUCUAGGUCCAGCUUUUACCUUAGAAUAAAUUAUGUAGGCAGAACAAAGGUGAUCCUGGAUCAGAGAGACACUACCCCUAUGAAUGUUGAAGUGAAACUGGAAGUAAUUGUUAUAUGAGACAAAUGUUUUUGUAUCUUAUAUAUUUUUGCCAUUUCGGAAACUUCAACCAAUUUCCUCACAGAACCUGACAGUUGUAUGUGUGUGUGCUUGUGUAUGCGUGUGUGUAACGUUUUUAUGCUUUUUUAAACUGCCAGUGAGCUGUAUUAUCAUUUUUACAAACAUUUUUCUGUUGUUGUAUUAAAAGGAAUAUUUGCACCGUUGUGACAAGAUUGAAUGUUUUUACAUUUUAUUUUUUAUAUGAAUCAAGGGCUUUAACUUUGAAGAUGAUUACAUUAAAUAAAGUGUAAUAACUACUUGAUUUAUGUCUAAAACUUGACUCUUGUAGUGUAGAGGUGCUAAUGUAAACUAUGUUAGAUUAAGACAGUGGUUCUCAAUGCAACCCAAGCAUGCAAAGUCUAGGGUGCAUCCCUUUGCGCCCCAAAGGAAAUUCAUGACAUAAAACAAUCGCAAACUUAGACAAUGUAGUGAGGUUUAAUUACACAGAAUGUAUGAUAAAUUAAUGUAUUUUAUAAAAUAGCAUUAAACUGCCCCCCAUCAUGUGGCCCCCGGUUUGAGAACCACUGGAUUAAGAGUAUUUAAGAACUCGUCACCAUGUAUGACGAAUAUUACACAUAGAUGUCAAUUCUCUCAAAGCAAUGGUGCAAAUGUUUGCUUACAAAUGAAAUAAUUGGGAAGGUGUGUGUGUGGUAUUGGAAUUGUUAAGUCUUGUUUUUAUACAGUGUGUCCUAUUUAAAUACAACUUUAUACUAUAUCUGUAACCUCCACCUCAUUGUAUGAAACUGUGUAUAUUUUAUGAUGUACCGAUACACAUUGUUUUAUAUAAAUUAUGAUUGUUAAAA